AUGGCUUCCUCGGAGGAGUACAAAAGCGAUUUGAGCGACGAAUACGACGACGACGACUCAUUUGAAGAGCAAACGGACUCUGAUGAGCCACCCGACCGCGAAGCAUAUUGGGCCACAACGCGAUUUGGUCCGCGAGGCCCUCCUCCACACUUCGGGCCUGGCCACUCGCCCAAAAUCCGAGGCGACUCUAAUCUGCGGAAUCCACACUGCUUCCCCUCGUACAACCAUUGCCCGGAUUAUCGCACAUAUUGGCCCCAAGACGAAGUGGUUCCGCCUCCUCACCACCACUGGUGCUUUUUAGGCCAGAUCCUCAACUUCAAAGACAAGGUUCUCGUUGUCAGCGAUACGGCGGGGAAUAAUGUCUUUGUUUGUCUCUAUUUCUCGAACACGACUGAACUAUUCGAUUGGUCCACACUGAAAUCUGGUAGUACCAUAGCGGUUUUAUACGCAGAGCAACGGUACUAUGAUCCUGAUGAGGAUUCGGAUGACGAGCAGCUUCAGAAGCGUAUCUUGCUUCUGCAUCAUCCACAGUUCGUGAAGAUCUACCCCUGUAGCCUGGAAACAUUACUCCGUAUCAACGACGACAUCGAAGCAGAAACUCCAGAAGACCGUCUGCAAAAGUGCCAGGGUUGUGGAAAAGACGACGGGCCAAAUAAACUGACAUUGCGCCGUUGCUCCCGAUGCAUGUCUGUGUCAUAUUGUAGCUCAGAAUGUCAAGUCGCCGCUUGGAAGCGUGGCCACAAAAGCGAAUGCAAAGUAUUUGCUGCCGUCACUGAGCUCAAGCUCAGUCGUUACUGGAGAAAUGAGUAUCCUGUCGAGUGGGUGGCUUUUGGUCAGCGAGAGAAAGCCAUGAUAGAGCGAGAGGAGUGGAGAAAUAAUGCAGUCGCCGUCAUAAAACCUGAAUGGCGGACGGCCGAACCAUUGGUUCCAGUAAAGCUUGUCGGAACCUUCGAAGUAUCUUCGGGUGAACUCGUUUGGGGACAGCUCGCAUCCAUUCUGGAAGGCAUUAAAAAUCCGGCUUCUGACCAACCUGGCGAAGAUAAGGCUUCCGUAGAUAAUGGGGGUACUGUUUAUACCCAAGGGUGGACGUUCCGCGCUCUGGCUAAAACAGGUGUAUGGAAGAUUGCAAAGGUUGAUGGUUUUGGUCUUCCAGACCGCCCUAAAGACACCUGGAUUGCCUAUCAUUCGUCCUACUCAUCGCCCGCCGAACUCCUCUCCAUGACACGGGACAUCGACUGGGGCAACCGGAUGGAGAACCCGCGCGUUUGCUGGGUUAACCGGUACGACUGGGGAAGUCAGUGCUCCAACUCGUCCGGUGCCGCUCGUAUGUUUGCCGCGUUGGACCCCGGCUCAGCCUGGCCCGUCGCUGUAGAACGUAAAAAACGGCGUUGGCAAUACGCUCACAACAACACUUUCCUCCUCGAUGCCAAAUACGCUGCGGGUUUACUGAGGACUAUCGCUCGGCCGUCCCUUUUGGACGAAAACUUGAGUAAAGGCGAGGGUUCGUCAUUUCUUGGUGGCGAAACAGUGGUUGGCUGCCACCUUCCAAUCACCAAGAGCGAGUACGAAUUUGCGCGAAUGAUAUUUAGUGAAGAAGACUCCGUUUCCGUCCCAGGGAAGAAGGAACUCGUCGCUUUUUGGUAUGAACGGGACAACAUGUACCAUUAUGAGGAGGCUCUUGGUGAGCCAACAUAUGAAGAUGUAGUCUAA